CAUCGUCUUCAACCAAAAACCCCUUACGUCCCCUUCCUCUUUUUUUUUUUUUUUUUCUUUUUCGUUUUCUUGAAAUCUUUUUUCAAUUUUCCCACCUUCCAAACACCCCCAAUCCGCCUAUCUAAUUGAAAUUGGAUUCACCUCCAAUUCAAUCCAUUUGGAUCCACCCAAAACCUUAGCUUUUCUUGGUUUUUCGAUCCGAAAGUAACCUAUCGGUUUACUUUUUCUUUCGUUUGGGUUUAUUUUUUAUUUUCUGUAUUGGAUUCAUUGAGAUGAUUUGUUUUGUAUCGGAUUCGAUCCGUAUCGGGCCUUGGAUGAGAAUGGGCACCAUUUGUGGCGAAUGAUUUUUUAUUUUUUUAUAUUUUUUUCUCUAUGAGAGUUUGAACAAAAUGCCCGGUUUAGCGCAGAGGAAUGACCAAUUCAGUAAUGGGUCAUCGCAGAUGUACUCGCUUUCUUCGCCCAAUAGUUUUUGGUCGAAGCACCGCGACGAUGUUAGCUACAAUCACCUCCAGAAGUUCUGGAAUGAGCUGUCUCCACAAGCUCGACAGGAGCUUCUGAGGAUUGACAAACAAACUCUCUUUGAACAAGCACGUAAGAACAUGUAUUGUUCUCGAUGCAAUGGGUUAUUGCUAGAAGGGUUUAUGCAGAUUGUUAUGUAUGGGAAAUCUUUGCAACAGGAGCGACCAAAUGGGCACCUCCUCUCCAACAGAUCAGGAGCCUCAAUAAAUCAAAACGAUGGUGAAUCGAUGAUCAUAAAUCAAGAUGAAAUUCAAGAUCCUUCUGUCCACCCUUGGGGAGGUCUAAUCACGACAAAAGACAGCUCACUUACACUUAUGGAUUGCUAUUUGUAUUCAAUGUCACUCAAGGGGCUCCAAAAUGUAUUUGACAGCGCACGUGCCAGGGAACGAGAAAGGGAAUUACUAUAUCCAGAUGCCUGUGGUGGGGGAGGUCGAGGAUGGAUCAGCCAAGGACUGGUAGGUUAUGGCAGAGGACAUGGAACAAGGGAAACAUGUGCACUGCACACUGCCAGACUAUCAUGUGACACAUUGGUUGACUUUUGGUCAGCACUUGGAGAAGAAACUCGUCAAUCCCUUUUAAGAAUGAAGGAAGAAGAUUUUAUCGAGAGGCUCAUGUACAGAGAUUGCAGAAGAAAUGUUAUUCGUGAGUUCAAGGAACUGAAGGAACUGAAGCGCAUGCGGAAAGAACCUCGGUGCACUAGUUGGUUUUGUGUUGCAGAUACAGCCUUUCAAUAUGAGGUAUCUGAUGACACAGUCCAAGCUGAUUGGCGCCAUACUUUUGCUGACACUGUUGGGACAUACCAUCAUUUUGAGUGGGCCGUUGGAACAGGUGAAGGAAAAUGUGAUAUUCUUGAAUUUGAAAAUGUCGGCAUGAAUGGAAGUGUUAAGGUAGAUGGUCUAGAUCUUGGUGGUGUUAGUGCAUGCUUCAUCACCUUGAGGGCUUGGAAAUUAGAUGGCCGCUGCACUGAGCUUUCUGUAAAAGCUCAUGCAUUGAAAGGUGGACAAUGCGUCCAUUGCAGGCUUGUAGUUGGGGAUGGCUUUGUAACAAUAACAAGAGGUGAAAGCAUCAGAAGAUUUUUUGAGCAUGCUGAAGAAGCAGAAGAAGAAGAGGAUGAUGAUUCCAUGGACAAGGAUGGAAACGAGCUGGAUGGAGAGUGUUCCCGUCCCCAAAAACAUGCGAAGAGUCCAGAACUUGCUCGAGAAUUUCUACUAGAUGCUGCAACGGUUAUUUUCAAGGAACAGGUUGAGAAAGCCUUUAGAGAAGGAACAGCACGCCAAAAUGCACAUAGUAUCUUUGUUUGUCUAGCACUAAAGCUGUUGGAAGAACGAGUUCAUGUUGCGUGCAAAGAAAUUAUUACAUUAGAGAAGCAGAUGAAACUUCUUGAAGAAGAAGAGAAAGAAAAACGUGAAGAAGAAGAACGUAAAGAGAGGAGAAGAACAAAAGAAAGGGAGAAAAAGCUUCGAAGGAAGGAAAGGUUAAAAGGAAAAGAAAAGGAUAAGGACAAAAACUUUUCUGAACUAAAUAAAUCUUCUGAUCAUCCUGAUGUCCCAAAGGAAGAUUCAUUAUUAGCUGUUGAUGAGGAGGCACAUAAUUCCGUUAGCUGCAGCAAUUUAAUUGGCCAAGCAUGUGAUAAUGUUCCGUCCAGGCCAGGAUCUCCUGAUAUUCAAGAUGAGCUAUUUUCAAAUAGUUAUACGGAUUUAAAAGCACAAUACUCCUAUGAUUAUCAUGAUGAGGAUCUUAAUUUGAAAGAUGAGAAUGGUUCUUUUACUGUUGAACAAUCAAAGUUUUCCUAUCGAAGAUCAAAGUUUUGGAAAGAAGGUCAAACAGAUCAAUCUUUGAAAUGGUCUGACAGGCGCCGAUUUGCAGUUGUCCAAGAGAACUGUGCUGUGCCAAAUAGAUCUGAUUUAAGAUGUUUUGGUGAGAAUUUAGAGACUCCAAGGGCCAUCAAUUUAUCCAACAGGCAAUUAAGGGCAAAUGGCACAAAGUCAAUUAGUCGACAUUGCGGUACUAAGUUUCACUGCUGCAGCAAUGGAAGAACAGUUGAGAGAUAUGACUACCAUUCUUGCAGCUGUAACCAAAAUACUGAAUAUAGAGCAAAGGUUGAGCCGCAUGUUUCUGCAAGCAAAGUUGGCCGGGAGACAAAAUCAGGUAGUAAGUCAGAGUCUACUUUGGAGAUGUCCAAACAAUUUUAUCGUGGCAUUAAAUACAACCAAAUAGAUCACACACGCGAUAGUUGUGGAAGAUCCAAAAGCAAAUUCAGCUCUGUGAAUAAUCCCUCCAGUAGAGAUUUACUUCAUUCCAAGAAAGUUUGGGAACCCUUGGAAUCUCAAAAGAAAUAUGCCAGAAGUAAUUUAGAUUCUGAUGUUACCUUGAAAUCAUCAGCUUUAAAGGUCGAGGGAUCAGAACCUAAUAAUAGUCUCAUAAGAUCAUCUGGUGUUAGAUGUUCAGCUGAGUUUAUCGUAAAUUCAUGUAAAAUUGAUGAAGAGGGUGAUGAUUUAAAGGAAUCAACUAACUCGACCACUGAUAUUUAUACAAGCUGCCAAGAUGAAAAACAGGAUUUUCACAACUCUAAGAAAGGUGCUCGUGAGGAAAUCAGAUUGUGUCAGGACCAUUCUGCACUAAAUUCUUAUAACCCAACAUCACAUGGGAUUCCCGAUCGUGUUGUGGGUAUCAGUUCCAGUUCUGAUAAUUGUUCAUCAUGUCUAAGUGAGGGUGACAGCAAUACAGCUUCUUCAAGUAUUGGGAACCAUGAUUCCUCAUCAACUUCAGAUUCAGAAGAUUCCAGCCAGCAAUUCGAUGGAAAGGAAACUUCGAUUUCCAUUCAAAAUGAUGUCUCAGAUUGCCAUGUAGUCAGGAUGGAGACAAAUCAGAAGGCAGAUGGAGGAGAUCAAUUGGGAGGCAGAACAUGUGUGAGUGCACAGAAUGGGACAGGAAGUAAUGUUCCUGGGACUACACCAAAAAUUGCUCAUGCUUUUGAUAAUGGUUUAUCUGCUGUUAGUAUGGCUUCUCAGCACCAAAACGUGGUGUCUCCAAUGCAUAACCAAAAUAAUAUACACUUCCCAGUGUUUCAGGCUCCUUCGACAGUGGGUUACUAUCAUCAAAAUCCAGUUUCAUGGCCUGCGGCUCCCAACAACGGGAUUAUGCCUUUCUCCCAUGCCAAUCACUAUAUGUAUGCAGGGCCUCUUGGUUACAGUAUAAAUGGAAAUUCACGGUUCUGCAUGCAGUAUAGUCCCGUGCAGCAUCUGCCUACUCCUUUGUUUGCCCCUGGUCCUGUGCCAUUUUAUCAGCCAAUUGCCAAAGCAAAUGUAAUCAAUUCAGAGGAGCAGACCCAGAUUUCUAAGCCACAUGCAGUGCAGGAAGCAUCAAAUGCAGCAACUGAAGAGAGCACAAAUUCAGUUGGAGCUCAUUCAACACAAACAGCACUGAGUGGAGAAAUUUGUCAAAGCAAUGAUUCUGGAAAAUUGCAUACCAGCGACAAUAGCUUUUCCUUGUUCCAUUUUGGCGGGCCUGUGGCUCUUUCAACAGGAUGUAACUCGAUUCCCGUGCCUUCCAAAGAAGAGAUUGUUGGUGAUUUUUCUUCCAAAGCUCCAACAAAUAAUGGUGAGAAUAAUCCAGCUUGCAAUAAGAACAAAACCACUGUUGAAGAAUACAACUUGUUUGCAGCAAGUAAUGGCAUAAGGUUUUCAUUCUUUUGAUAUAGUUGUGAGAAGAUCUGAUGUGGCUCUUCAGAAGCUCAGAGUUUGAGAUAUUUGGUCUUUGGUACACAAUAAGCUUCCUUUGGUGGGAAAAUUUAAACUAAAAGAGAGAAAACAAAGCAAACAUAAAUUUGAGGUUAUUUCAUAUUUCGUUUUUUUAUCCAAUUUGUCUCAUUAUUUUUCCUCUGUAGAGAAAAAAGGUUGGGAGAGUGGUAUAUUUGUUCACAAGGUUCUGUAAGAGGUCAGUUUUUUAUUUUUUAUUUUUUUUCCUUAUCUUUUCUUCCUCAAUGAUGAAUCAUUUACGAGUAAUGAGUUUUGUUUUGGCGCAUGGAAAACAGGAAAAAAAAAAGAAAAAAAAAAGAAAGAGUAUUGAAAACUUUUGUUUUGGGAUUUUGAGCUUCCUAAAACAAUAUUGCUUAUUAA